CAUCAUCGACUUCAUAUUAAGUAGGGCGCCGAAUGUAAAACUAAUUAUACAAGCAGUUGAUAAGUUUGAGACCAGACAUUCGAAUGCAAAGAGAGCUGGAGUGGUAUAGGAAAAUGAAGAAGAGAGUUCCUCCUGAGCUAACGACAAUGAGAAACAAAGAUGGCAAGACACCAAGGGAUAUGUUUUAUGCAAAUCAUAGGAAGUUAUCUAACGAAGUUAAAGACACAGCGAAAGCAGUAGCCAAUUCUGGUAUGGUUGUGGCAGCACUUGUUGUUACCGUCGCAUUUGCUGCAGCUCUCACUACUCCAGGUGACAAGAACAACGCUUGGUUUGCUGUAUUCAUCAUGGCAAAUACAAUUGCAUUCUUCACAUCUGCUUUAUCUAUCGUCGCUUUCUUGUCAAUUUUCACUUCAUCGAGAUUCGAAGAAAGUGAUUUCAUCUUCUCACUAUAUCCAAACUUGAUUAUUGGGAAAAAGCUGCUGUAUAUCUCCGUUGUCACUAUGAUCAUAGCUUUUGCUGCAGCUUCCUUCUUGAUAUUUGGUCAUAUAUACAAGUGGGUUGCAUAUGUAGUGACUUCGUUCGGGCUUCUCACAAUAAUUUUUGUUCUUGAGCUUCAACUUAGCCUUUUCUCAAGAUAUAUAAAACCAUGUCUAUGGUACAUCAUCGUCGGUACGAUUCAGCUGGCACAUAGAAUUAGUAAUUUUCUGCCACAUUUACCCGUGUCUGGAUCUGAAUCGUCAGAUUAAUUCAGCCUCUAUAGUAACUAGAAUUUGCAAGCAGUAUAUUGAUUUACAGAUGUUAUGUUUGUAGUGUAUGAAUUUAUAUUCUAGUUAUGACAGCUUCGAAAGCACUGCAGAACUGACUGAAGAGCGGAACCAGCUGCCUAAUUGAGAUCGCUUCACUCUGCAUCAUAAACAAGUUGCAGUGAAGUAUUAAGAUUCAAUCACACUGAUUGAAAGAGAAUUUUGAGAGCAGCUGCGGAACCCGACCCAUAUGUUGGCAAAAUGCACACGUUAAGACCUCAUACGAUAAGAGAGUUGGUUAGAGACUAAUCAC